AUGGCAAAGGCGGCAAGCAGAGCCUCGGAAGCAGCCCAUGUGAGCCUAUCUCGCAGCAGAGACUCGAGCCGCACUCAGCAGGCCAAGAGCCCGGGGGAAGAGAAAACACUAGACGAAGCAAUUACAGUAGGCGGACCCCCGUUUGCGGCGACCAUCGAGACCAACGCGAGGGUCCAACUUCGAUUCACCGGGCAUAUCGCAGUCAGAGGACUUGUGUCGGAUCUUCCGUCACUGCACAGUAGUCCCGGUUAG